AUGUGGUGGAGGGACUUCUCCAAGCCACGACAUCGUCGUCUUGAAAGGGCCGUAGGCCAGCAGUACGGAAACGCGUGGGAGGGCUCUCUGCGCCAGCAUCUACGGUUGUCGCCACGCCUCGCAUCCUUUGGCUACGUAGCCAGCAUCUUCCCACUGCUGUGUUCCAAUCGAAAUGAGACAUGCGAGGUUCGUUACGGGGAAGACAAGAGGAACAACGGCCAGACCCAAGACAACAAAGCCCUACAUCAGAGGAUUGCCGCGCUCGAAGACUUGAUCAAGAACAUGUCGCAGCCCACAUCACAAUCUAUGGCUACACUCUCCAACCAGUCAAACCGCCAUGAACUUGGGCCUGAUAGUGACGCUCCGCCCGCCCAAGUUCAGCAGCAGGAAGUAGAUUCCAGCGCCCAAGGUAUCGCCGAAUUCUUCCCCUCCGAAAUGGACGAGGUCGCUACCUUAGCAGCCAAACUUGGUAGGGACGCAUCGGCUAGAAAUAGUCAGUACUUUGGCUCGCCUAGCUUGUUCUCGUAUUCUAAAAGUCAAUCCGGGCCCGAGAGACUGUCUAGGGCCAGACUAUUCGGCGGCGAGCAAGAUAUAUCAUCCCCUGCGGACGAGAUCAGCCAGCGAUCUCGAGCCGCCCUUGAGGCCUCUCCCGAACCGGAGCCCAUCGUCGCCCAUCUACUCGACUUAUUCUGGAAAUGGCAGUCAUGCCAUUUGCUCGUCAUCGACCGGGAGAUUUUCUUAUGCCACCGUUGCAUCUGGGAUGGGAGCAGGGGCAAUGGAGAUCGCACCUUUUACACGCCUUGUCUACUAUAUGCGCUUCUCGCCAUGGCGGCCCUGAUCAGCCCUGACGCCGGGGUAAAGAGAUAUUCGACUCAUCCGGCUAAAGAAGCAGUAUGCCACGGUGGUUCAAUAGGCAUUUUGAUUACCUGUAGUAAUUAG